AUGCCGCCCAAACGACGCAGCAUGGCGUCUCCUGAGCCACCGACAUCUCCUCUACGAGCACCAGUACCUCCUCCACCGUUGAGCGAGACACCAGAAGAAGUCCGAGUGAAUAACGCAAACGCCAACGAACUCAAAGUCGCGUGUGACGAUGCGCUGCGGCGGUAUAUAGCGCAUGCAGAUACGAGCUUCCGUACUUCACAUCGACAUACGGAUGUCAAGCUCGUGUUGGGAUGGGCGAGUGUUAUCGUGGCGGGGUUGACAGCGUUUUACGGCUACAAGGUGGAUUUUGAAAAGAGUAAGCCUGCUGUAUGGGCUGGAGUCAUUCUGUACAUUCUUCUAUCUGGAGCGCAGACGCUGUACACGUAUUUCAUCGAGGGAGAGACUAUAUUUAUCGGAAAGCGCAAGACGUACGCCAAACGCGUCGAGACGGAACGGAUACGUGUCGAAAGCAAGACGCUCCCGCCGCCUUCAAAGGCCACCGUUAGCGUUGCAUCGAUAACAAAUGCACCGUCUUAUCAGAUUUCCAUUUCCUAUUUGAGGACAACCAACACGGGCAAAACUGUCAUUCAUAUGGGAAAGGAGCGUGCAGAAUCAUUGUAUGCUGCCUUCUUUGACAGUGCUGGGAAGAUGGACGUGACCAAGUUUGAGAGUUGGGUUUCGUCGGCAAUGGCAAAAGUCAUGGGCAUCCGCUCAGACAAUUCGACCUAG